AUGGCAGCUCAGUCCACGCUCCGCAGCAGCGAAGACCCGCUCCUUGUUCUCUACAACCACUACCUGACCCUCGUCCGCACGCGCCUCACGAAGAGCUCCCGGACGGCCAAGCUCGUCGCUACCCUCACCCUCCUCAUCUCUAUCGUCGGCACUGGCUAUGGUGGAGGCAGAUGGUGGCAGCGGCGGAAAGCCGAGAAGGAGACGGGCAGGAAACUGCUGCGAAGGAACUCUGGCUUGCGAGGCAAGGAUGGCUCACGCACGAUAUACGUGCCCUAUCGCAAUUCCACCUCCAAGGUGACAAUAUACCCGACGAAGCCUACAACAUUCGAUGCGCACCGGAGACUGUUCCUGCAACCACCGCGCGCCGCUGGCCUGGGCAGUGAUGGCUACACACCGCAAGUGCCGCCGCCGCAGACAAAGCCUGGCCUCAACCUGGCCUUCCUGCACCAGUUCCUCAGCCUCCUGAACAUCAUGAUACCGCGGUGGAACAGCAAAGAGACGGGACUGCUGCUCAGUCACGGCGUGUUCCUGAUGCUGCGAACCUACCUCUCCCUGGUCGUCGCACGGCUAGACGGCGAGAUCGUGCGGGAUCUCGUCGCGGGCAACGGCAAAGCCUUCCUGUGGGGCAUCAUCAAGUGGUGCGGCAUCGGCAGCUUCGCCUCCUACACCAACGCCAUGAUCAAGUUCCUGCAGUCCAAAGUCUCCAUCGCCUUCCGCACCCGCCUGACGCGCUACAUCCACGACCUGUACCUCAACGACCACCUCAACUACUACAAGCUGCAGAACCUGGACGGCGGGGUCGGGCUCGGCGCAGACCAGUUCAUCACGCAGGAUCUUACGCUGUUCUGCGCCUCCGCCGCAUCGCUGUACUCUUCCCUCGGCAAGCCCUUUGUCGACCUCUGCGUCUUCAACUACCAAUUGUUCCGCUCGCUGGGCCCGCUCGCGCUGUCCGGGCUGCUCGCAAACUACUUCCUUACUGCCACCAUCCUCCGCCGUCUAUCACCACCCUUCGGCAAGCUAAAAGCCGUCGAAGGCCGGCGCGAAGGCGAAUUCCGUGCCCUGCACUCCCGCCUUAUCGCCAACGCCGAGGAAGUCGCUUUCUACGGCGGCGACCAGAUGGAGCGCACGUUUCUAGAUAAGGGCUUCAAGGAGCUCAAGCACUGGAUGGAGGGCAUCUACAGCCUCAAGAUCCGAUACAACAUGCUCGAGGACUUCGUGCUCAAGUACUCCUGGUCCGCGUUCGGGUACCUCAUCACCUCUCUCCCCGUCUUCCUGCCCGCGUGGGGCGGGCUCGGCGGCGCGGCCGAGGCGCUGGCUGAGAAGAACGGCAAAGAGCGCAGCCGCAUGAAAGACUUCAUCACGAACAAGCGGCUUAUGCUCUCUCUCGCGGACGCGGGUGGAAGGAUGAUGUACAGCAUCAAAGACCUCUCCGAGUUGGCCGGCUACACGAGUCGAGUCUACACGCUCAUCAGCACGCUGCACCGCGUCCACGCCGCCGCGUACUUCCCGCCGCCAGGCACGAGACACGCGGAGUUGUAUUCCCUAGCGGACGUCCAGGGGACGCUCCAUGCGGGCUUCGACGGCGUGAGACUCGAGCACGUCCCCAUCGUCGCGCCGGGGCUGUGGCCCGCAGGCGGGGACGAGCUGGCUGAGAGCCUCAGCUUCGUCGUGCACGCCGGGGACCAUCUCCUCGUGACGGGCCCGAACGGCGUGGGCAAGAGCGCCGUCGCGCGCAUCGUCGCAGGGCUGUGGCCGACGUAUAGAGGGCUGGUGAGCCGGCCCCGCAGGGUCGGAGAAGACGGCAUCAUGUUCCUCCCGCAGCGGCCGUACCUGAGCACGGGGACGCUGAGGGACCAGGUCAUCUACCCGCAUACGGCGGUCGAUAUGAAGGAUGCGGGGAGGCGCGACAGUGAGCUGCAGCAGGUUUUGGAGGACGCGAGACUGGGGUAUUUGCCUGAGCGUGAGGGAGGUUGGGAUACGAGAAAGGACUGGAAGGAUGUGUUGAGCGGCGGCGAGAAGCAGAGGAUGGGCAUCGCGAGAUUGCUGUAUCAUGAGCCGAGGUAUGCGUUUGUGGAUGAGGGGACUAGUGCUGUGAGUAGUGAUGUUGAGGGGCUGUUGUAUGAGCGGGCGAAGGCGAGGGGGAUUACACUCAUAACCAUCUCUACUCGCGCCUCUCUAAAGCGCUACCACACCUUCACGCUAACUCUCGGCCUUGGCGACAACGGCGACGAGUGGGAGUUCCAGCGCAUCGGCACCGCCUCGGAGAAGAGCUCGGUCGAGAAGGAGCUGCAUGAGCUCAGGGAACGGCUCCAGAGCGUCGAGGAGUGGAAACGCAGACGGCAGGAGAUUGAGGACGAGCUUAGUAAGGUGUGGGUGGAGGGCGGGGAUGAGCUGGCGCCGCCGGCUUACGAGGAGGAAGAGCGGGGCGAGGAUUUCGAAGGGGCGGAGGAACGAGCAGAGAAAGAGGCGGAAGAGAGGAUGGGCGGGGCGGAAGAGGGAGAUGCGACAGAGGAGGGUACGAACCAAGCGGAAGCAUGA